UUUGGGUGCAACACCUGCGCGUCGGUAAAGCUGUGCAGCAGCACCGAUACCGGUCCGAUCGAACACCUUUAACGGGACGUCGAGAACAACCGGAGCCUAGCGAUGAAACGCGAUGAGUGCCAUCUGAAAGGAGCCAGUCAGGCGGAGUGGUUCUUCACGAAGGCCAAAGUGGCCGCGGCGGUGAUAAAGAACAAGCCCUCUGGAAUGAGCGGCCGAGAGCACGCCGAGGACCUGGCCCGCAGGUUGAAGGGCCGCGAGGACAGCUGGGAGGAAAGAGCCCGCGGGCUGCAGCAGGAGGUGCUGAGGCUGAGGCAGGAACUACUGAUCAUCAGAGUCACGUCCAACAGGAGGAGCAGCACGCAGGCAGCAGGUCAUGACGACCCAAUGGACAACGCCUCGCAGGAUCUGUUCAGUCCAGGAAGUGAGGCGUGCAGCACUGACCUCCAACCGGGCUGCGACUCAGGGACUCCUGAACUCCUGCAGCAGGACCCCCAACCUGCCAUCCCGCCCCCUGAUCCCCCAGCUCCCUCCAGUCCUCGUGGAGGUAAAUCCGUGAUCCCUCACGCUCAGUUCCUCCAGUCGCUGUGCGCCCUCCACCGGGUAAAAGAGAGCGACCGAGGCCUGGAGUCCCUGUGGUUCAGCCCCGAGGGGGGCACGGGGUCUGUGUUGGCGGAGUCUGUAUGCCAGCUCCUGGACUCGGUGGUGGCGGCAUGCAGGGACCCCCCUCCGUUGGGAACCGGCGACCCGGUUCCGCAGGCUUGCCGGGUCGCGGCCCGAGCGAUGGACCUCUUCUGCUCCCAGAGGCUGCCAUCUGUGGAGUUCACAGGCCACGUGGAGGAGUCGCUGAGGGAGAUGACGGCGCUGCUGCUGCACAGAGACCAGCUCAGCAAGCUCCAGUCUUCAGAGAAGCUGAUAGAGUAUCUGAUCACACUGGGGAGCAGCAGCAUGGCCACGUCCUUCCUCAUCCGUCACCUCCUCUCUCUUAUCAGCGCCCUGGCCGAUCAGCUCCGGCAGUCCUUCCAGGGGCAGGACGGCGCGGCGCUGGACCAGUUCCCCGUGGUCCAGUACCAGAACUCGUGCUCCCUGUUCUGGAUCGUGGAGCAGCUGCUGCAGAACUCGAAGGUACCGUGCCGGCUGGAGGCGGGGUCGGAUCAGACGGGCUUCCUCGGCCACCUGGAGCACGUCUUCCUGUUGUCGGAGGAGUUCCCCGUGUUCUUCAUCUGCAUGUGGAGGUUAGGGUGUCUCCUCACCUCCUCGGCAGACCAGAGCCCCCAAGAGCAGGGAGCAGGUCUACCGCCGACCCCCUUUUAG